UGUGAGUUUCCCCUCUUACCUAGCAUACCGUCUUUAGGAGAAUUGAACAAUGCUAUACAAGAAGCACGUGGAUUAAUGAGCCUGAAGGAUCAGUUGCGGGAUAUUGUAAAUGGUAUGAAACAUGAGAACCUGAAUGUUAGAUACAUGGUGGCAUGUGAGCUAAGCAAAUUGCUGUAUCACAGAAAUGAAGAUGUUGCUGCACUAAUUGCUGGUGAACUUGUCUCAGACAUGGAAAUCGUGAACUCUUUAAUCACAUCUUUACUACAGGGAUGUGCAGAAGAAUCUCGAACUACAGUGGGUCAGAGGUUUAAGUUAGUCUGUGCAGAUUGUCUUGGAGCAAUAGGUGCUAUUGACCCUGCCAAAGUGAGAGUUGCUUCAUGCAGUCGUUUUAAAAUCCAAUGCUCAGAUGAUGAUCUUAUCUUUGAGCUCAUUCAUAAACACUUGGCAAGAGCUUUUAGAGCUGCACAGGAUACAAUCAUACAAGACUCAGCUGCUCUUGCCAUACAGGAAUUACUAAAGAUUGCUGGUUGUGAGCCAUCAUUAGCUGGGAAU